UUGCAGGAGCACCAGGAGACCCAAGGAGAAGCAAAAGCGGAGAAGCUGAAAGAGGCCAUCCGGGCGGAUAGGAGGAGAGGAGAUCCAGGUCAGAUUCCCCCCCUUUGGAGAAGCGCCGUCGAGGUUAGACGCCGGGAUGGCGUCCGCCGCGCUGCAGAUCCUGGGCUUGUCGCUGUCGCUGCUGGGCUGGCUAGGGGCCAUCGUGGUGACCGGCCUGCCCAUGUGGCAGGUGUCUGCCUUCAUCGAGAACAACAUCGUGGUGGCGCAGAGCACCUGGGAGGGCCUGUGGAUGAACUGCGUGGUACAGAGCACGGGGCAAAUGCAGUGCAAGGUGCACGACUCCAUCCUGGCGCUCAGCCCGGAGACGCAGGCCGGCCGGGCGCUGAUGGUCAUCGGGGCGAUGCUGGGGCUGGUGGCUCUGCUGGUGACGGUGGUGGGCGCGCAGUGCACCAACUGCGUGCGCCCCGGCAAGGCCAAGGACCUGAUCGCGGCGGUGGGCGGCGGACUGUUCGUGGCCUGCGGCCUCCUGGUACUCAUCCCGCCCUGCUGGUACGCCAACAUCGUCAUCGGCAACUUCUACGACCCCACGGUGCCGUCGUCGCACAAGCGGGAGAUGGGCGCGGCGCUGUACCUCGGCUGGGCCGCCGCCGCCCUCCUGAUGGUGGGUGGCUCGCUCAUCUGCUGCUCCUGCGCCCGCAAGGGCGACCCCUCGGCUUUCCCGGUCAAGUACUCGGCUCCCAGGAGGCCCGCCACCAACGCCGCUACUUCCAACGGGGAGUACGACAAGAAGAACUACGUCUGAAGGAAGGCGCCCCGGGAGGUGAAUUGAGACGGCGCCCGUCGGAGCAGCGGCCGCUCGCGAGCGCAGCGGGGACUUCGCGGGGAGGAGCGGCGGCGGUGUCGCGUCUCUUGGCCUCGCCGUCGAGCUUCCGAGGGGCGAUCGCCUUGGCAGAAGACCAGCGCUUCUUCCUCCUCCUCCCUUUUAAACUGCUUUUGUCUCUUCUUCCCAAGAAAACUCUCUUUUGCGAAGAAAAGGAAUCGCGCCCAGGAACUCUCCGUUGCAUUUAGGACUCCUCUGG